ACCUCCAUCUCUCUCUCACUUGCCCCACAUCUCUCAGUCAGCUUGUGUUCAUUUCUGUGUGUGGGUGCAGAGGGGGGAACAUGGACUCUCUGGGUCUGUUUGCCCUUCUAACACUUGCGCUUUCUCAGUGGACAGCUGCGUCUUCUGUGGAGGAAAUCACCUGGACUUACUCUGGGUUGAUCGGUCAGUCUGAGUGGUCCGAGCAUUUUCCCGACUGCGGUGGAACGUCUCAGUCACCUGUCGAUGUGAUAACCACUCAAACUAAAUACGAGCCCAGCUUGAUCCCAGUGACCCCACUGGGCUACAGCCAGCAUGGAAACCAACCCUUCACUCUGUCCAAUAACGGCCACACAGUCAUCGUUGAGCUGCCGGAGUGGAUGGGAUUCAGGGGUCUGCCAUGGUUCUUCACAGCCGCUCAGCUGCACCUCCACUGGGGCAACGGCGGCCCGGGUAACGGGGGCAGUGAACACACAAUCAACGGAAGGAGUGCAGACGCAGAGCUACAUGUGGUUCACUACAACUCAGAGCUCUACACCAACAUGUCCGCAGCGAUGACGCAGAAAGACGGUUUGGCUGUUUUUGGAAUUCUCAUCGAGACAGGUGACGAGACGAACCCGGCCUUCAACAACAUCCUCAACCACAUGAGUCGCGUCAGAUAUGCAGACCAGAAAGCUUUCAUCCCAGCCUUCGAUGUCCAGUCCCUCUUUCCUGAGGAUCUGGGUCGCUACUAUCGAUACAACGGUUCCUUAACAACCCCCCCCUGCUACCAGAGCGUCAUCUGGACGGUGUUUCAUGAACGGGUUCAAAUCUCAAAGGCACAGCUGCUAAAGUUAGAGACGAUGCUCUACUCCAGCAAAGCUGCAUCUGCAGCCAGCAUGCUGCUGCAGGACAACUACAGAGUAACGCAGCCUCUCAACCACAGAGUCGUCUUUGCCUCCUUUUCUGCAGAUUCAGGAACGGAGCUCUCCUCCGGCGAGGUGACAGCCAUAGUGAUCGGAGCGAUGUGCGGCUGCGUGGGUCUGGCGGUAAUCGUCCGCUUCAUCGUGAAGACCGUACGAUUUUUCAAAGUCCUCCAUCUUGAAACAGUUGUGGUAAACAGCUCUACAUCUAGCUGGGACGUCCUGCACAAUAGCCGGCCUGCUCCCAUGCCAAGGAUAAACGAAUCUGGAAAAUCAAAAGAGAAAAAUCAAGAAUUGGUUCUGAACACAUCUUUAGAACCUGAAAGGAAAGAAGAACUUUCACCGGAUUCAGCUCGGCCCACGAGACUCAGCCAAGCUGUCUGCUCAUCCCAGACAGAUGCAAAGAUACUUUCAGUUUAAAGCAUCGACAGGAAGUGAAAGCGGUGCAGAACGUCCACACCUGCUUUCUCCAUCACAACUGUUUCAAGGUUCUUUUCCAUUACAGCUGUGGUGUACGGCACUCCGCCCACACCAAAACCACACAAAGCACUUGAAAAUGUUGUUUUGCUGAUUUUGUGUUCAGGCACGACUCAGAUGAGUGAUUAAUGUAAAAAUGCAGUAUAUAUAUUUUAUUCUUUUCCCCUGGAUUUGAAGUUGUUUUGUCACAUGAGCACACUGCACUAACAUGCUGUUACGGCUCCACUGGUUCAUGUGUCAAAGGUAAAGCAAUGCUUUAUUUUUCACUAAGAACAAGAAAGAUGAUUUUUUUAUGAAAACAAGAUGUUCAUGCAUUUCUGACUUGUGCAUACACAGAUGCUGUACAAUUUGGAUCAACAGAUGUUGUUGAAAUCAUGACUUUUGUUUAUGUUUGUGCUUUCCCUGUGAAGAAAAGAGGAUCAUCUGCAUAUCUGAUUCAUUUUCUUAUAUCUAAUUUGCCAACAUGAGCACUAAAUUAAAGGGGUGGAACCCAAAACCCUGUUUUAAUGAUUAUCUCUGUAACAGAAUGACAUGACUGUGUUUUCUUUUCUUCCUCUGCACAAGACUAGUCUGCAUGAGAUAUGGUCUCAAGGUCUCAUGCAUUCCUUCUAACCUGCUUAUUUUCAGCUCAACAGAAGAACGAAGAAUGAACUCUUUUAUUUUAAUUAAUCAAAGAACUCUAUUUUAAUAAAGCUAAUCCAACCAAGUGUUAGUCAAUAAAUAAGAUGUGACCUAUCUGUGAAAUCAAAAUAUUAACUAGAACUGCAAGCAGUUAUCAACGGGUUCCAAGCCAUCCAGCGCCAGUCGCCCACCCGGCCGCGCCCUCACCUUCGCCAUUCCUCACGCGGUCCUGCCCCAAAAACACGUUCUCCCGCCGGCGUCCCGUCAGCUUACUUCAGCCGGCGCAGUGAAAGUAACAGUAUACGUCAUUAAACCUCUUGCACAGCCUAUACACAUAUCUUUCACAGGCAUGGCUGACUUCUCAAUCGUGAUUACAAUGGAAUUCCACCAUUUCCUGUUUAAAGAACAUGAACAUUUAAUGAGCAAAGUCAUGAGAAAUCAGGUUUUAUCAUAUUAUUGAUUCUAAAUUAAAUGCUUUUUCAAAAAAUAAAUAUAUUGAUAUGUAAAAUUAAACUGACCGAAACAAAAACUUCAUUAUAAAAUCCAUAUUGGAUCUAAAGAUUAUCAAACAAUAAUCUAUACAUCAACAGAAUAUUACAAAUAACAUAAAUACUUGAGAAUGUCUCUAGAUUUUCAACAAAAACUAUGAGUUUCAUUUCGUGACAUACUGAUCAAAUGUUUUUAAAAAAUCCUGAAAAAUGCACAAAUCAUCAUAAAAUUACCAAAAUAUUCUCACAUGGCAAUGUUAACAUGCAGAAUAAUAUGAUGUGUUUUUAAAUCAGUAGGUUCAAAGCUUUUUUGAAGAAAAAUUGGUUAAUAUAACUAUAAGGGUCACAGACAAAAUUAAGAUAUUCAUAUAAAAAUAGUGCUACUUUCUAAAAUUAGUAGAAAAAUCUCAGAUCACCAUAGGUACAUUUGGAAUGUUGUAAAUGGUUUAUAUUUAUUUUAUACCUAAAAAACUUUCUAGCAAAAAUUGCUUACUUUUUCGUCCAACUGUACAGAAAAACUAGCAAAAAGUAAAAAAUUCAUUAAAAAUCUAAGCUUUUGUACAAAAAUCUCAAAUUAUUCACAGAUUAUCUCUGUGAUAUGACAAUUGUGCUUAUAUUUUUGUUGGGAUGUUAAACGUUAAACUUUUCUUACAAUAAAAUAAUAUUUGCAUUAGUAGCUGUAAACAAAAAUAAGUCCUAUAAUUAAAAACAAAUCAAGACGACAUUUUAUGUGUUUCAUAAACCACCUAAGAGUGAACUUUGUGGCACAUUUCAAGAAGAUUGUGUUAACAGAAUUUGCGCUACAAUUGCUAGCCUAAAAAUGUAUUUUCGUAAAUAUAAAGCGCAAACCUCUUCGUGGAGCUGCGAUUUUCGUUACAUAAGCUCAAGGCUACCCAGUUAACACAACCUGAAAAUCUUAGCCUCUUACGUGCAAAUGAUUUUUAGGAAAUUUUUCAAAUUUGAAAUUUUAAAUGAUCAUAAACCACGCCCACUUUAAUCAAUCAUUACCAGUGAUAAUAUAGUCUUAAGACUCUAUAAUGAUGACAACCACUAAGUUUCGUGCAGAUCCAUUUAGUCGGUUCAGCAGUAUAAUUUUUCCUAUUUAUAGCGCCCCCUAUUGUUGAAUCAAGUUGAAAAUCAAGACAUACACUUGAAUUGACCUAAGGUAUGAUUGCUAUGAACAGCUUUGAAAAAUGUCAAAAUCUUUUGAAGUUAUGCUAAAAAAAUGUCCUUCCAAAAAAAUAUUUUAAAAAGUCAUAUUUCAAAAAUAAGCGAAUUAUCCAAAAUCCGUUCACAAUGUUUGGUCAGCUGCUCCUCCUCUCUUGUCAGGCUAUGUUUUGAUUUGAUUGUGUUUGACGGCCGGGAGGAGUUAACGAAAGUACGUUUGACUUACUAUGCAAAUUUCUUCUAAUUUGCAUAAGUUUAAAACAUAUUUUAAAAUACUCAUCUAAAUUUGACUGACUCAAUGAACAUGCUUGAUGAGAUCAUUUGUUUUUUUUACUAAAAAAUUGAGGAGCAACAUGCCAAAAACAUUUUUUGGCUACAACAGCGCCACCUAUUGGACAAAAUUCAAAAAUUUUUCUGUGAUUGUAGAUGUCCCUAUGACUGAUAUGAUUUGUAACUUUCUUUACAGAAUAUAUAUUUUUCAUGAGUAGAAGGGUGAAAAAUUUUAAAGCCUAUAAGCCACGCCCACUUUUUAAUCAUUUUCGAAAUAGAGCUUAAGGGUCCGAUGAUAAACAUAUCUGCCAAGUUCUGUUGAAAUCCAUCAAGCCGUUUUGCUGAAAAAAACUUUUUGACUCUUUAUCGCCCCCUAUUGGUGAAUCCAAACAAAUAAACUCAACCGUCAUCUUUCUUAUGAUACCCCCUCCUUCACUUUUUACCAACACCUGUCGGGACGUAACAAUGACUUUAAAUGUUCCAACAGGACUGAUCUCACGUGGCGUUAAAAGACAUGACACAUUACUUUCACUGAUCCAAUCAGAAUCUGACAGAUCUGACGGAGGAGUGGUUCUGAUGGAGUUUGGUAAUUUUUCAUUCGACCACAAACCAAAACAUUCGAAGUAUAUAACUAUGCCCCGUCAUCUCUAACGCCAGUUCAAAGCGUUCUAGAGAAAGUGUCGGAGUGGCCAAUCCGUAACUCUCCUCUUAAACCAAAAGAAUGACAAGCUGAAAAAUCGUUGCUAUUCCAACUGCAGCAACAGUUCCUUUCAGAAUAAAGCUGAACCAUCAAGACCCAGGCUUGGGUCUCACCAGACGCCAACAAAUUGUCGCGACCCGUAAGUAACUGGACUGGUCGGCAACCGCUGCUUUUGCUACCAGCUCAGUUCCAGAGAAGGUCAAGCUGGACCUCAACAUUCCUGACCUAAAGGGGACUUCCUGAAGGGAAUCAUGGCUGCUUGCGUGCUUCUCUCCAUGGCCGUCUGCCUCCUGCUGACUCAGACCACAUCUGCCAGGAACGACGCUCCCUGCCAGCCCUCCAAGUGGAACAACGGCUACAACACUUUCGUCAGACGCCACCUUCCCAGUGGAACUCCUAAUUCCGAGGAUCGUGCAGAGUGGAGGAAGUACAUCCAGAGUCUGGGAGGCUGCGACAGACCCACUCAGUCCUUCCUCCACCCGGAGGACCUGGAGGAGGUGAGAUCUGUGUGCUCCAGCAGGGGGAAGGUGCUGAAGGACAACCUGUGCAUCAGCCAGCAGCGGUUCACGUUUUUCACCGUGAGGAGCGAGCUGGGAACCUGCGGCAUCAAAAGCAUCAAGAAGGAAUCCAAACACCUGAUCCUGGCCUGUGAAGUGUUGGAGAACCAGUGCGUUCCCGUCCACUUUGAGGGAAAUCCUGAAGAUCUAAAACCAAAUAACAACGCCAGAAGCUGCCAGGACCCCGGGGACAAAAACCAAGCUGUUAGUACCAGGAUGCCCUGGCUCUGGGUGUUUGUGUGCCUAUUCUUUAUUUAUGCGGUUUGACUUUUUAUCAAACAUCAUGUCAGGUGCAUUUCUUCAUCAGUCUGAGGCCAAGUUUACAUGUUUUCUCCUAGUCAGUAUGACAUCACAACCCCUUUCAUUUCAGUGUGUUGGAAGUUCUGCUUCUAACACUGUUUUUAUGGCAGAUUUUCAAGAUUUUUCACGUGUUUGGAGUCCAGAAUUGUGUUUGAUUGGGAUAAUGUGAGCAUUUGAGUAUUAUUUACAUGAAUUGUGUAAUUUAUUUUUUAAAAACAGACCUUGUUUUUAUAUCUGUAAUUGAGUCUUUCUCUGAUAUUUAACCCUCCCACCAUCCCAACAUUGAGCAGGAUUGAUGGUUCAUCCCUGAGGUCCACCAUCAUCCUGCUCAAUGGUCAACUUUCCUCGCUGGGUCACCCAUAAAGACGGUGGGAGGGUUAAACACAGACUAGAGCUAAAAUAUGCAACGCAUGAAACGUCAAAUUUCUUAAAAAUAAACUUGAAUUUUUUUUACCCAGUUGGUCCCAAGUUGAUGAUGGUAACAUAUUUAUACUCGUGUAUUGUACUCAACCAUAAACAUUAUUCAUAGCUUGUAUCACAUCACUUGUAUUUGUGUUGUAUGACUUGGAAGUAAAAGUUUUACAUUUCA